AUGAAUAAGCCUCAAAUUCACUUCUUGCUCAAGGGUGAAGAUGUUGUUGAUGACUCUGAAGUAUUAUUUCCUGUGGUCAGUGGCUGUUUCUAUAGAGGUGGGACUGUACCCAUGAAUGUCAAUAAGCGAAAGGCACAAGAACCUUGUGAGGGCCUUCAAGAUCGUUGCGAAGCCCUUGUAAGCAGGGACAGACAAGGCAAGGGCUUACAUAUGGGCAUGGAGAGACGAAAGAAAGUCAUAGGCAUUGCACGAACCCCAAGUCGUCAGAGUCGGAGUCAUACUCCAAGUGGUCAACGAAGGUCUAGAUCUGUGGGUAGAAGAAGGAGCUUUAGCAUUUCCGCAAGCCGCGGGAGCCACACCCCCAGCCGCCGGAACCGUACCCCCAGCCGACGGAGCCGCACCCCCAGCCGCUGGAGAAGAUCAAGGUCUGUGGUAGGAAGACGAAGCUUCAGUAUCUCACCAGUCACAUUAAGGCAAUCAAGAACACCCUUGAGAAGAUGGUUUAGCAGAUCUCCCAUCCGUCGUAAAAGAUCCAGGUCUUCUGAACCAGGCAGACCAUCUAAACGUCUGACAGAUUUGGAUAAGGCUCAAUUACUUGAAAUAGCCAAAGCUAAUGCAGCUGCCAUGUGUGCUAAAGCUGGUGUCCCUUUACUGCCAAACCUAAAGCCUGCACCUCCACAUACUAUAGAAGAGAAAGUUGCUAAAAAGUCAGGAGGAGCUACUAUAGAAGAACUAACUGAGAAAUGUAAACAGAUCGCACAGAGUAAAGAAGAUGAUGAUGUAAUAGUGAAUAAAUCUCAUGUUUCGGAUGAAGAGGAAGAAGAACCUCCUUUUUAUCAUCAUCCCUUUAAACUCAGUGAACCCAAACCCAUUUUUUUCAAUCUGAAUAUUGCUGCAGCAAAACCAACUCCACCAAAAAGCCAGGUAACAUUAACAAAAGAAUUCCCUGUAUCAUUUGGAUCUCAAUAUUGGAAAAAAGAAGCGGAUAGUGUUUAUGGAGAAUGGGUUCCUGUAGAGAAAAAUGGUGAAGAAAACAAAGAUGAUGAUAAUGUUUUCAGCAGCAAUUUGCCCUCAGAGCCUGUGGACAUCUCUACAGCAAUGAGUGAACAGGCACUUGCUCAGAAAAGACUCAGUGAGAAUGCAAUAACAAUAAACUGGAAUAAAUGCAUGAAUAAAUCUCUAGCAUCUCUAGCUUAA